GUCGCCCUACCCCCGCUAUGGCCGCGCCGGUGACGCGGCAGGUCAGCGGCUGCGCGGGUCCAGUCCUGACCCCAACCGGCUCGGACACAGAACCCGGGCAGCCCCUAGCAGCUGCCGUGGCUGAUCUGCCGGUGCUGGAUGCAUCCGGGAGACGGGUGUCGUUCGGCGCGCUUUUCCGGGAGCGUCGGGCCGUGGUGGUGUUCGUGAGGCAUUUCUUGUGUUACGUCUGUAAAGAAUAUGUCGAGGAUCUGGCCAAAAUCCCCAAGAGCUUCCUCCGAGAAGCGGAUGUCACCCUCAUAGUGAUUGGGCAAUCAUCGUACCAUCAUAUUGAGCCUUUCUGCAAACUGACUGGAUAUUCUCAUGAAAUCUAUGUUGAUCCUGAGAGAGAAAUUUAUAAAAGAUUGGGAAUGAAAAGAGGUGAAGAAAUUUCCUCUUCAGGACAGAGCCCCCACAUAAAAUCCAACCUGCUUUCGGGAAGCCUUCAGAGCCUGUGGCGGGCAGUCACUGGCCCGCUUUUUGAUUUCCAAGGAGACCCAGCUCAGCAAGGCGGAACCUUCAUUUUAGGUCCAGGUAACAGCAUCCACUUUGUGCACCGAGACAGAAAUAGGUUGGAUCACAAGCCCAUAAACUCUGUUUUACAGCUUGUGGGAGUUCAGCCUGUGAACUUCAUGAGCAGACCUACAGUUAUCCAUGUAUGAAUGGGCCCUUGAAACGUGAGACAAAAUACCAGGCUUCAUGAGAUUAUGAAAAUAAAACUCAUGUGCCUGUAGAAUUAUAUUGAGAGGCAUCAGGAAAAAGCAUUUUAAAUUUUAUAGCCUCUAUAAUUAUUCAUUCAAUGAAAGAUUUUUGGCAACUAAAAUAUAAGAAGGGGGCUGGAAAGAUCACUUCGUGAUUAAGAGCACUUGCUUCUCUUGCAGAGGACCUAGGUUUGGCUCACAAUCGUCUGUAGCCCCAGUUCUAAGGUAUCCAACACCUUCUUCUGGCCUUGGGGACCAGGUGCACAUGUGGUAAACAUGCAUAAAUGUAGGCAAGCACAUGAAAGAAGGAUAAAUAAAUCCUAUAAAACUACAUACAUAUGUGCAUACAUGCAUGCAUGUAUGAAGGAAGGGAAGAAUGGGCCAGGUAUGAUGGCACAGGUUUGUAAUCCUAACACUGAGAAAUGGGACAAGAAUUCAGCCUGCCCAAGCAAUGGGUGGUACACACCUUUAAACCCAGUGCUUGGGAGGCAGAGGCAGGAGGAUCUCUUGUGAGUUCGAGGCCAGCCUGGUCUACAGAGCUAGUUCCAGGACAGAAUCUAAAAGCUACAGGGAAACCCUGUCUCUAAAAACCAAAUAAAUAAAUAAAAUAACAAAAAGCAAAUAAAUGUACAGCCAGAUGUGGUGGUGCGUGGGGAGGAGGCAGGAAUUCUAGAACAGACUUACAUUUCUAGAUACCUGCUUUUCUCACCCCCCAAAUCUGUCUUAUUUAGAAAACUAUUGUCAUAUUUUACUUUUUAAGAAUUUUAGUUUGGCCAGGCAGUGGUGGCACACACCUCUAUUCCCAGCACUCAGGAGGCAAAGGCAUCUCUUCAAGUUGGAGGUCAGCCUGGUCUACAGAGCAAGCU